AUGGAGUUGGAGAACGGCACCGUGAAGACGGAGUUCAUUCUUCUGGCAUUCAGUGACCAUCCUGAACUUCAGAGUCUUCUUUUUGCGGUGUUCUUUUGCAUCUAUUCUGUUACGCUGAUGGGGAAUCUUGGGAUGAUUUUAUUAAUCACAAUCACGUCCCAUUUGCACACCCCAAUGUACUUUUUCCUCUGCCUCUUAUCCUUCGUAGAUGCAUGCUAUUCUUCUGUAAUUGCCCCAAAAUUGCUUGUGACUUUGGGUUCUGCUAAGAAGGUCAUUUCCUAUAGUGGCUGUGCUGCACAGUUGUAUUUUUUCUGCUCUUUGGUUGACACGGAGUCUUUCCUCUUGGCUGCCAUGGCGUACGACCGGUAUAUAGCGAUCUGCAACCCUCUGCAUUACAGUGUUGUCAUGUCCAAGAGGGUUUGUUGUCAGCUGGCAUUUGGAGCAUUUCUAGGGGGCACCAUGAGCUCAAUCAUUCAUACCACCAACACCUUCCAUUUGUCUUUCUGCUCGAAAGAGAUAAACCAUUUCUUUUGUGAUAUCUCUCCACUCUUCUCUUUAUCCUGCACCGACACUUACAUACAUGACAUUAUUUUGGUGGUCUUUGCUAGCUUAGUGGAAGGCAUUUGUCUCCUAGCAGUUCUUCUUUCUUACAUCUGCAUUAUAGCAGCUAUUCUUAAAACAGGUUCUGCCGAGGGAAGAAGAAAAGGCUUCUCCACCUGUGCCUCUCACCUGACCGUGGUCAUUAUCUAUCAUGGUACCCUAAUCUACAUUUAUUUGCGCCCCAGCUCGGGUCAUUCACUGGAUACUGACAAAGUGACUUCUGUGUUCUAUACACUCAUUAUACCUAUGUUGAAUCCACUAAUUUAUAGUCUAAGAAACAGAGAUGUCAAAAAUGGCUUCAGAAAAAUGCUGAACUGGAAAUUGCUUCCUUAA